AUGUUUACUUGUCUUGUGAUUGAAGAGGAGCGCAGGUCUACUGAUCAGCUUAAGGACCAACUCGAUAAAACACAAAAUAGUAUUAAGCGAAAUAAGCGUGAAAUGGAUGCUUUAGAAGAAGAGAACUCUAACCUAAAAGCUUAUCGUAGACGUUUACAAAGGGACCUGGACGAAGCGACGGAGGCUCGCGAGGCUGCUGAAAGGGACCUUGCUACAUUACGUAAAUUGAGUCGUGGGCCAAGAUCGAGUCGAAUAGCGCCUUCACGCAUUUCGGCGAGAACAGGCGAUGAUGGCUCUGAUGACAUGCAAUCUAGCCUUCCUGACAUUGAUUUACCUUCUGAUUCUUCCGUCGCGCCAAAUCAUCACAAUACAUCUGGAAACGAAGGUGGUAUGGCUUAA